CAUGCACGAACAUAAGAGCCAAGCAUAGGUCAAAAUUUGUGGUAUUUCACUAGCCGCUAGUGACGUCUUUACGUGAGUGAAAACGUAAAAUAACAAUCAAACAAUCUCACUGAAAGUUAGCAAAUAUAAUGUCUUCAUACCAAAUGCUAACAUGUUCAAUAAUUAAAUACUCUUCUCUUCGUUUUUGUUGAAGAUAUUGAUGAAUGUCAAAGUUCACCAUGUAUCCACGGUAACUGCAGUGACCUUUUGGACGAGUUUCAAUGCCAGUGUUUUCCAGGUUAUGCAGGAAUCCGAUGUGAAUCUGAUAUCGAUGAAUGUUUAAGCUCCCCGUGUAUGCAUGGUACCUGUGUUGACCUGGUUAAUGCUUAUAGAUGCCUCUGUCAACCAGGUUACAGCGGAACGAAUUGCGAGAUAGAGGUCAAUGAGUGCCAGAGUUCGCCUUGCGUUCAUGGUCAAUGUGUAGACGAAAUCAACGCCUUUAAGUGUGAAUGUGACUUUGGAUACUUCGGAAGUUUUUGUUCGGAGUUUAAUUAUCAACUGUUAUGGAUCCUCCUUUCCUGCCUACCAAUAUUCAUGGUGAUUCUAUUCAUCGCUAAAAGAGCAAAGAUAGAUAAAUUAAAAGAAGACGAAUUUAAUAUUUUUGUGUUUCCUGAAGUUGUACGAGGAGAAUCCAAACCAAAAUGGCGGUCAACAGAAAGAAAUGAAUGUGUGCAUACUUAGUGUAAUUCAACGUAAGCGAAACCAAACCAAACACUAUCAGCUUGUAGAAAAAAAACAACUCACGCAAAAUAAUGAAACCUGAAAUUAUUAAUGAAUACAUACAAUUCUGAAGUAUUU